AUGAGCAGUUUCCAAAACAUCGAGAAGCCGUCCUUCGUAUGGCACUGGAGGAGCUGGGAGGAUUUCAAAGCCGCCUCAUUGUUCACGUUGAGCAAUUAUGCCAACAUCAUUCUCCUGGUUGUCUUCCUUGUCUUGGCUUUAAACCAAGUGAGAGUCAAGAAUAAUGCGGCGAAAAAGAUCGGGUUUGAGAAUCGUUAUCUCAAAGCCCCUGAGUUCCCUCCGAUAGAAGAACAACCAGAGUUCGACUGGGAAACCACGGAACCUCUUCGUAUCCGACCUUUCAAACCUAAAUACCAUUUGACCAUGGAAGAGGCUGACUCUACACGAGCUGAAUCUGACGAGUCAGCACUUGAGAACCUCCCACCCUCGGAGUUACUAGUGAUGGACAGGAACUACGCAGACCGGGUCGCCUACCGUCGUAAAAUCAUAGCCGAGCACGGUGAGCACGUCGUUGCUGUAAAUGACGACUAUCGCAUUCGUCCCGCAGUGGUGGAACUCUACCAGUUUCUUUUCGGCACCUAUCUGCCACUGCGCUUUCCCAGGAUGUUCAAACUACACGAAACCGACUAUGAGGAGGGCAAGACGUUUAUGCUGGAAAACUUGGUGACGAAAGCACUGUUUCCCGCGAAGCCGUCACCUCGCACAUCGACGAAAAUGCUGCUUGAGACUCUCGGACGAACGCUGGACGAAGACUUUCUCUUCCUCCUUCCCGAAGAAGGGGAUCCGAGCAUGGACAAGAAGGAGACAAAUAACGAAAGCCAAGAAGAAGACACGAAAUAUAUUCUCGAAGCCUACGUCUGUUGCUGUCCUAGCGGCUUCGACCCCCGCGAGAAACUUGGUAAUCGACUCGCCAAGAUCCACGGCCCUGUGCCUGGCUACCCCCAAAAACUAGAAGCAUCAAUGGAUCGAUUCUUCUCCCGGCUCGAAGUGGGCAAAUACGUCCGCCGGGUCAACUGGUCCGUCACCACGAACACGGAACUUUAUGCGGCUGGGCGGGGCACCAACCACGCCCACGAGGGUGAUGAGGUCGAGGAACUCGAGGAAAUCGACGUCGACAAGACAUUCGUGAGGUGCGAGAGGCAGACGCUCCACAGGCUACCGAAGAGUAAGGCGCUGGUGUUCGCCUUCAAGACGUAUCUGUACCCGAUCGCCCAGGUGAAGGAGGAAGGAUCGGGCGAGGAACUCGCUCAGGCCAUUGACGGGCUGAAGGAGGGUAGCGUGCCCGCCAUGCACUUUUACAAACGCGGCGUUGUGUGGGGAGAGGCCGUCAAGAAGUACCUCAGAAGCUGA